GGAGAGUGAGUACGAAUAAUUUUUAUUCACCUAUCACCAUUUUAAAAUAACAUCAAGCCUUCAAUUAGCCUGGAGAGCACCUUAGCCGAGACCGUUUGAAACAGUUUAUUUUCUUCAGACUUGAAACCCGACGAGAUGAAGGUGAUAAGGAGCGCGAUUUCGUUGUACCUUUUGGCUUAUCUGAAUAGCAUUAAUCGUGUUAAAGCAGACACGGCCUCCCUGCGUCAGAAAUUCUCUGCGUUGAAAAUUGAUGCCGUUUUCCCUCAAGAUCCGAAUUACGAAAAGUUUUCUGCCUCAUACAACAGAAGAUUUACUUACAGGCCGGCAGCCAUAGUUUUCCCUAAUAACACAGAAGCAGUCGCCAAUGCUGUCAAAAUUGGAGUAGCUGAAAAAAUACCCAUAUCUCCUCGUGCAGGUGGACAUUCAUACGCUGCUUAUGGUUUGGGCGCAAAGAACGGCGUUUUGGUCAUCGAUCUCGGACGAAUCAAUCACAUUUCUGUCGACAAGACUAGCGGGGAAGCUAUGAUUGGUGCCGGAAGUAGGCUUGGAGAUAUGGCUCUCAGCUUAUACAACCAAGGUGGACGAGCCAUACCGCAUGGAACGUGUCCCUUUGUUGGACUGGGUGGUCAUGCCGCUUUCGGAGGCUAUGGCUUCACCAGCCGACUGUGGGGUUUGACCUUGGAUCAUAUCAUUGCGCAUGAAGUCGUUUUAACAAAUGGAUCGAUCGUGACUGCCUCCUCGAAGACCAAUCCCAACCUCUUUUGGGCUUUGAGGGGUGCGGGGUCAUCGUUCGGGAUCAUGACCGCGAUGAGGUUCAGAACUCAAUCUGCCCCCAACCAGGCCACAAACUUUGUCUAUGAAUGGCAACUGGGUGAAGGAGAAUUUGCCAACGCAUUAAUCAAGUUGCAAAGCUUUUGCAUGUCCGACCUGCCAGCCCAAAUUGGUAUAGAAUCCAAUUUGGGCAAAGGUGAUCAAGAUGGUAAGUUAUACAUGGAUUUGACCGGAGUUUGGUAUGGAGCGCCAAAUGGCCUCACCAGUGUCAUUCAACCUUUCCUAUCCCAGAUGCCCACUCCUACCAAAAAGUCAGUUAAAACAAGAAGCUGGAUCGCCAGCCUGGAAGUGUCAGCCCAGGGCCAACCGUUAUCUACUUCAGGUGUCGACCUCGGAAAAGAACAUGACACGUUCUAUGCCAAAAGUCUAACAACCCCUCAAUCGAUACCCAUGUCCAAUUCAUCAAUCAUCGCCUUUUCGAAGUACCUGAUCAACCAAGGACUGAAAUCAGAAACUGACUGGUUUGUACAGUUGGAACUUUAUGGCGGUAAAAACUCUGGUGUGACUGCUGUUGGAGCAGACGAAACUGCUUUUGCCCAGCGCUCAAUCUUAUUCACCAUCCAGUUUUACGCCUCGACCAGUAGUACUAAUCCACCGUUCCCCGCAGAGGGUUUCACACUGCUGGACAACAUGGUGGAUAGCAUUGUGAACAACAAUCCCUCGGGUUGGAAUUACGGGGCUUAUGCCAAUUAUGUCGAUGAUCGUCUUUCUUCUUCGCAAUGGAAGUCACUGUAUUACAAAAAACACUAUCAACGCCUAACUCAAAUUAAACAAGCUUAUGAUCCUCAAAAUGUUUUUGCUUUCCCUCAAAGUAUCUCAGAACCAACCCAAUAAAAGGAAAAGGGAGUUGCAAAUGUUGUACGGUUCAUAGGGAGAAGUAUGUUUUAACAGGCCAUAACUCCUGAAUAUUUCGAAAACUUGUACAGGUUAAUAUAAAUGGAACUUUGGCAGAAAAUUUUGUCUCAAAAAAUGAUGUAUUUCUUAAAUUCAGCACCCUAUUCACUGGGAUUAUAAAUAAACCACUUGAAUUCAUGACUUCUUCCCUGCCCACUUACGAAAAUCGCACAAUUCUCUUUGUUUUAGAAUUUAGUACUUGGAAAACAGACAUCUACUUUAGUGCAGUUUCCCGGAACUUGAGAGCCCCACCCAGGCUACUGGCAAAUGCUGCAGAUCUCCAUACGAUCACUAAAA